GCCCUGUCUUUGUUUGUAAAAUAAUAUCUUAGGUGUGUGUGGUUUCUGUUUGAAAUAGUGAGUUUACUGUGGGAAGAAUUUUUGCUGACUGUUUCUUUAGUGUAACGUUUAAUGAUGGACAGAGAACUUCUAAAAAAUGAAGAUAUGUGGUCACCGUUUAAGGAGCUUCAGUCAUUUGUUGAGGGCGUAGUCUCACAGCCCAUUCAUGGGGUUUUACAGAAAGUCCAAGAAGUGCUGAGGAAACAUAAACAGAAUUUUUUGACAUUGCUGAAAAAUCCGCCAAAGAAUUCCCAGCAUAGAGAAGAGCUACGAAAAGGAAUUACGGAAGGUAUAAUGCUUCCAGGCAUUGGCCAUCAAACUCUGUCUAAGGAGAUAGUGGAUGAAGCAAUAAUAAUUUCAGACAUGUAUGAUCUUAACGAGUUCAUCGCCCUUGACUUACUGUGCACAGCUCAGCAGCGCAUGCCUCAUCACCCAGGUCUGCCUCGAGGGCUGGUUGCUGUCUUGCUGUACUAUGAUGGCAGGCGUGCCUUAGUUUAUGCUUUGCGUGCAUUAGUGCAAGCUCGAAAUGGAAUUUCGUGGACUGUGAGUUCAACUGAGGAGGUCACUAGAUAUAUCACGCGUUAUACCCAGGAGCUGAUGGAUCACGGUGUAAUAAACCGGAUACUGGGUUUAUUAGAAACAAUGGAUUUGACCAGUGAACUUGAAUUACUUCAACAAAACCGUGCUAUUGGGGGUCCGAGGCACCAACGACAGAUCCUGGAUAUGUUCCAGGAUAUUCGGCAGGGAUUGGCUGAUACUGUCUACUGUUGGGCUGCUCAGUGUGGACUUCCUCGUGAACCAACAUUUCGUUUAAUGGGUGUGCUUAAAAAUUUGAAGAUUGAAGAUGAUCCGGCAGGAGGAAUUGACAGUGUUACCUUAGCUUUAGAAAUGGCCUUACUAUAUGCUGUGGAUCUUAGCAUUAUUCAGAAACGUGAAGAUGGUGAGGAUAUAGUGAAGAAUUUACCACUCUUGGCAGAAGCAGAUUUUCUACGUGAGCUGGUACGGGAACUCACGCCUUCUGGUGGUCAGGUUUGGCAGUGCACAGGACUGCAGGCUUUGACCCAGUUUGCUGUUUCUCUGAGUCUUGCGACUCUGCGUAGAGCUCCUCAAAAUCUACAGCCGUUUGCAUUUUCAGAAGAGGAUGAAAUUCUUGUUGACUCUGCAAUAGAGCUUAAUGUAUUUGAUUUCCUCCAUCAAACCUUCCUUAUCAAUGAUUCUUUGUAUAAUGAGGCAUUCUACUUGCAAAGAUUACACACACUGAUUACAGACUUCAUCAUGUUCAUGCCUUUCAAGGUCAAAGAACUUCGAAAUCGGGCAGAUGAAACUGCUCGUACGAUGCAAGUGUAUAUGCAGGAAGGUUUAGAGCCUCCAGCAAGACUUCCACAUCAUUAUGAGCACAUGUUACUGGCGAUGGCUCGUUUGUAUCAUUGUGACAGACUACAACAGGAACUUGUCCUCGAAUACUGGAAUCCCCCAGAAGAAAACAGAGGGAAUAUACUUCCAUUCCGUAGUACCCCUCGAAAGAUGUUGCUUUCAAAAUUUGUGUACGAAGGUGGAACCGAGUUGUUGCCAUCAUUAUUCGUUCCACACAUGAAGAUGCUCUGCAGUCUGGCAUCGACACCAAAAGCAGCCCGCUAUGCGUUCAGUUACUUGAAAAAUAAUUCUGCAAGCAAUGUGUCAUGGAAUCACUUUUUCAAAUCCCUUGAAAGAUAUUAUAGCAACUUAAGACAAGAGUUGCCACCUACAACUGACACUGUCUAUCAGUCACGUAGCUACCCUCGUGGAAUUUCUCCUCAGGAAAUACACGGUCUGCAAGCUGUGCUGGAUAUUGUUAGAACAGUAGCUGAAAAUGACAGUGUUUCUCGAGUAGCACUGUGUGAGAACACACAGUGGCAACCGUUGAGCAUUUUACUUGGUUUGGUUACUUGCUCUGUACCAAUACCUUUGAAAGCAGAUUUGCUUCGAACGUUGGCAGCACUAGCUCGUUCACCAGAUACUGCUAUUACUUUGUGGUUUAACUUUGAAACAUCACAGAUUCUGUCCACAAUUCCAAGUGCAAGCAGUUAUCAGCCACGAGGGGUCCAAACUGAACUGGAGGAGAUAGAGUCCCGUAAUGAAGAAUACCCUCUGACACGGGCCCUUCUAAGUCUUCUGGACGUGUUGACCGACGUGCCCAUCCCUCGGCUCCUUGGCUUAGGAACUAGGGCUCCAGGCUUUGACCCAUACUUGAAUUUUGUCAUCAACUCUGUAUUUCUGAGGUUCAAUACUCGCAUAUAUAAAAAUCCGAAAGAGAAGUGGGAAGUGGCUAAAGGAUGUGUGAAAUUAUUUGUGAAACUCUUAUCCCAGUAUGAACCACAAGAAGAAGAUUUCUCGCCACAAUAUGUAGACCUUCAGUCUGGAGGCUCAUCACAAGUUAAUGCACCCCCUGGAUAUCACCUGAUGGUUAAUUUGAAUUCCAAGACUGAGUUGCUACAGCGAAUACUGUUUCUGAUUGAAGAGGGAGUACAAAUGUUGGAUUCAUUCAUACCAUUCCCUGGAAAAGAAGCAUUGGAAGCAAGUCUGGAAAGCUGUUUAGCUUUACUUGAUCGAACUUUGGUUUUGCAACCUGCUUUCUCAGCAUUACUGAGUACAGCAUGUACUCCUCUUCUUAUUCCUGGUCUAAGCCGUUUACUUCUGGAUGUGAAUCCACGCAGUGGACAGACUGACUAUUUGUUGCUGAUAACCAAGUAUGUCACAUAUAACAGCUGGCUACCUCAACAUGCAAACACUGCUGUGAAGAUUCUUUUGGCGAUGACUUCUCAACCGUCUUCACAAAAUCAAAUGGUAACCCAGUUUACUUCAACAGCUGCGAUGACAGCAGAAAUACGACAAGGAUUUGUUGAAUGCCUGGAAGCAAAUGAAGAGGAAAGUUUGAAUGUGGAUGGUGAAGAGGUUUUGAGUGUACAAGCACAGACAAAACUGUCAAUUAUUAAGUUAUUGCAACAGUGCCUUUGUCAUCCUCAGCCCAACCUAGCACAUUAUCUUUUUGGAUUCGACCUUAAGAAGAAUGUUAAGAAAACAAUAUUUCAUCAUGCAGGUGUGAAGGGAACGCCACGCACAUGCCUUCAUGUGAUGUUAUCUAUCAUGGAUGCUGCUGUAACAUCAAAAACUACAUUGUACAUGGUACCACCUCAUCCAAGCUUACUGGAAACCUGUUACAGUAUGCUUUAUUACCUGUGUGCCAACAACAACACCAGGGAACCUGUGCUGAACUACCUGCGCACCUGCAGCAAUUUUUUGGCUCGGCAUCUUGCAGCUGUUCGUUUUGGUCCAGAAUACAGUUCAUCAGAGCUGAAUCAAGUAGCAUGGCUACUGAAAAUAAUAGCUAUUGAAUUAAGAGAGACAGCAGCAAGCAAGCAGAUUCCUCACCUUACCAGUCUGGUUGACCUACUAGUUCGUGAGCCAAGUAGCCCUCAAGAAAGCACACAGGAGCCUGUGAGAACAUACAAGCUAAUUGAAAAUGAGCAAUACCUCUUCAGGCCCAAAGGACUUGGUAUCACGCAGAAGCCUAAAAGUCGUCAGACGUUACUGGUACUGCUCCAUUUUCUUGAUUUCCAAGUGCCAGGAAUAUCACAGCCAGCGUGGGAAUUUUUUGAACCUGCACAGAUAUCACAGCUAAUUACAAAGUGUCAGAUAUCAUCAGUUAAUGGAAAUCUUGUGGAUGUGAAAAAGUUGCACAAAAGGUUAAUGGAACAAUUGCAAAUACUUCAAAAUACAUCAAACACAGCACAGCGACCACUUGUCAUGGGAGAAAUACAGGAGGUCUUGAAAUAUGCAAUUAGAAUAAACAAGCAACGACAAAGAAGUAGUGCUACAGUUCACUAUGUUGACGCAUGGCGGCAAGUUAUAGAGGUGAUGUUCAUUACAGCACCAUUAGAUGUGUUGCCAUAUGAAACAAGACAAGAUGUUUUAUUGGAUGCUGUGCAGCUCCUUCUGUGGAAGGUUACUUCUUCUCAACCAACAGCAAAACUAGCAAACCUUAGCUCAGGGACUUUGAUGUUACUGCUAGUCAAUCUUCGCAGUUGUUACAAAAUGCAGAAGAAAGAGGACCAUACAGCAGCAAAACAAAAUGAACUGUCAAUGACUUUGCAGACCAAAUCUGCUGUGCUAGACCUAAUUCUUACAAAUAUCAUAGAAUGGAUUCUCAGAGCAGGUGCAAAAUUACAAGGGCUGAGAGCUAAUUUAUAUGCUGCUCUGUUGAACUUCCUUCAUAUGACAUGUCAGAAUGGUGUUGAAAGUUAUGAAGAUGAAGAACCAUCUGAAGGAAGCAUGUUUAUAAGCAGAUUGGACAGCUCAAAAUAUCGUUCCUUUGGCACAGAUGCUGGACCACAGCAUGCAUCGUGCCUUAACAUUGUUAGAAGUUUCGGUGAAAGUCUGAUUGAUGUACUAUGCCACGACUGCACUGGAGGGCAUGACAUUUGCAAGAUGCUGGCAUUGUCUUGCAUUGGGCUUCUGAUUGAGUUAGACCCUCACACUAAUUGGAUUGCAUAUUUGUCAUCUCGUGGUUACCUAAAGUAUAUUAUCGAUAGCCUUCUUGAUGCAGAUGAAAAACUUGUGGCUGUUUUAGAGCCAGUUCCUAGCUCAGUUUCAGCAUUGUAUGUUUAUGAAUCUAAAAUGGCCAUGCUUUGCCGUGUUGCUGCUUCACAUUCUGGAGCAGAGAUGCUGUUGGAACACGGUUUAAUGGGCUGUCUGUCGUCCAUGAGUAUAUUUGAUAGGCACCCAGAUAUUAGACAGAGUGUCCCAAAUCUAGAUGUAAAUAUUUUACCAUCUGUUACACAACGCUUCCUUCAGAUUCUGUUCCCAGCCCUUGACUUGUGUGAUUCUGUACUGACAUCCUUGACACCAGAUAACCAGUCCUGCUGUUCUCAGAUCCAUCAUUUUCUCCUGAGUCACAGUGUUAUGGUGUGUACGGUUCUGCGUGCUGCUGGACCGUCAUUGCCAAUGCCAUUCCUUAGUGAAGUGGCUCGUAUUACUGGAAUUAUUGCCCGCUGCACAAACUUUGAUUUUCGGGGUACACGUGAUUUCAGUGAUGUUGAAGUAUCUGGUCAGAUGCACAGGAUACAGAAGCUAAUGCUGACACUUCUGCCCCGAUUUGUUGUUACUGAAAAAGUUUUAAAAGAUUUGGGCAGCCAAGAGGCAGUAACACAUUUCCUCCAGACUGCUUGCCAUUUAGCUCUGCACACUCGUAACCUGGUGGCAAGCCGUGGUGUGGAUCCUAGAGCAACAGUUGUAGUUCUGCGACCAAGCCUUGGGGAUCGAUUCACUCCAUUUGAUCAUCAUCAUGCAAGGGAGUUGCAGAACAUAGGAGAAGGAGGUUCACCAUCACUGGGUGUUAUGGUGUACCAACUCGUGCAGACAGUGUCGUACCAACAGAAGGAAGCUGCUGCACUGGAACUUCUGGUUCGGCAAAAAAAUUCUUUGUCUAGUAUGAGUGGUGCUGAACUUAAACAGUUCCUUCCAGAAGGUGCGAGUCACGUGAAGGCACUUCCCACACGCCGAUCCAUCGCAGCUCAAGAGCUGGAGAAACGAAUUAGACGCAAAAAAUGGGAGAUGAAACUAAUCGCUUUCCUGUUGGACAACAGUCUCUACCUCGUGUGGUGCCACCUGGAUUACUAUAUGCUGCGUGCCAUACCUCGGUCACGUUUUGGAGAUUCUACAUCUGGUGUGCUGUCAACUCUUAGUGAAAUGUCGUGGCAAAUUUCUGCCGACGAUGUGAGCAACCUGAAACAGAGUUUGGUCUCGGUAUUCAAUGACAGCUUCAGCAAACAGUUGAUUGAAACAAAGAAGGAUCAUUCUGCCAUAGAGAGGGGAUUUGUAGAAGCAAUGCUUAGAAGAAUUAAGAGACUGAUACAGUUUGCACCAGUUAAGUAAUGUUGCAGGAUAAGAAAGAUUUGUAUCAUUUCACAGAGUGCUUGUUAGUAAUGUAACUUUCUUGUGAUUAGUAAUGUACAUUAUUUUGUAAUUUUUUAAAUAAAAAUGUUGAUGAUUUCUACACUUUU